AUGGGUCGCCCACGUCGAGCGUCCAGCACCCUCGGGGGCGACCCUCGAGGGGACACCAGCGCACCCGCGUUGGCGACCAUGACCCAGAAGACACCUGCACAGCCUUCCGCAAGCGAGAAGGACCUGAAGCCUCAUUCGAAGCGUCGCAAAGCCCGCUCUGCCUUUCGAAAAUGGAAACAGAUCUCCUUGCGACAUACAUGGUUAAAUCCCCUCAUAAUCAUGGUUGUCAUCCUGGUCGCGUACUUCAUCAACCCGGGGCAGCAAAACCCUCUGCACAAAGCCAUCUUCCUGUCGUACCCUCUCGGACCUGAUUAUCCAGGCGGACCGAACAUGUAUGGCAAAGGCAAAGCCGACAUGGCUUUUGUCGCCUUCUACACAGUGGUGCUGAGUUUUACAAGAGAGUUCUUGAUGCAAAGGGUGAUCCGGCCACUGGCUAUAAAGUGUGGCAUCAUGAGGAAGGCUAAGCAGGCACGGUUCAUGGAACAAGUGUACACAGCCAUCUACUUCGGCAUCUUUGGGCCCUUCGGCCUGUACGUGAUGUCGAGAGGCCCGCUCUGGUAUUUCAACACGACGGCCAUGUUCGAAGGGUUUCCUCACCGGAAACACGAGGCCAUCUUCAAGGCUUACUACUUGCUGCAGGCCAGCUAUUGGGCCCAGCAAGCGAUUGUUCUCAUGCUCCAGCUGGAGAAGCCACGGAAAGACUUUAAAGAGUUGGUCCUACACCAUGUGGUAACUUUGUCUCUUAUUGGGCUGAGUUAUCGCUUUCACUUUACUCAUAUGGGGAUCGCCGUCUACAUUACCCAUGAUAUUAGCGACUUCUUCCUCGCGACCUCGAAGACGCUCAACUACCUUGACUCGUUUAUCGUGGGGCCAUAUUUUGCUUUUUUUGGCUGUGUCUGGAUCUAUCUUCGUCACUACAUCAACCUCCGCAUAUUGUGGGCAACCUUGACAGAAUUCCGCACGGUUGGACCGUAUGAGUUGGAUUGGGAGACCCAACAAUACAAGUGCUGGAUCAGUCAGAUUAUCACAUUUUCGCUGCUUGCGUGUCUUCAGGCCGUCAAUCUGUUCUGGUUAUUCUUGAUCCUCCGCAUCGCAAAGAACUACGUCUUCACCAGUGUGGCCGCGGAUGAGCGUAGUGACGAUGAGGACGAUGAGGACGACGAGGUCCCGAUUGAGGCCAAUGGAAAAUCGAUCGGUCCAGGAGAGCCCAAAUUGAAUGGGAACAAGCCGGUGGUUCUGGUCAAUGGCAAGCCUGUCGAAGGACAAGCCAACCAAAACGGCGUUGGCAUUCGGGAGCGGAAAAGGAAAGGCUGA